GUCGAGGAGAAGAAAGAGAAUGGCAAAGAUUUGUACAGAGCAAUCCUACCCACCCAGACACAUGCUUUCAGUCCGAGCCUCUGAAGAUGAACUGGACCAGACUGAAAAUGGUGCAAGCAGGGCACAUUCUCUAUGUGAGGACAACUCCUCUGACAUGCAGGGGAUAAUUUCUUCUGCAACCAGCCAGUUUCAGGAAUCCAGGAGAAGCUCUUUCACAGGUGCUGGGGCUGUGGCAAGGCUUACCCAGUUUCUGGUAAUGCUGAGGAACUGGGCAUCACACAGGCUUCACAGAGAGGUUGAGCGUCCCGACUCCUUUUUAGAGCGAUUCCGUGGACCUGACCUCAAAGAUUUAUCUAACCGAGGAAGUAAUGCCCGAUCCUCUUUGGGCCUUCCUGACAGGCCUCAUAAGAGGAAGAAAGAAGUGUGGAUCAUGGACCCAGCCUCAGACAAGUAUUACAGGUGGCUUUCAGUCAUAGCAGCCCCAGUGUUUUACAACCUGAUGAUGCUGGUGACAAGGGCCUGUUUUAAUGAGCUUCAGAACUCUUACACCACGCUUUGGAUCAUCAUGGACUAUACCUCAGACGUAAUCUAUUAUGCAGACACGUUUGUCAGAUCAAGAACAGGCUUCUUGGAGCAGGGUCUCCUUGUCAAAGACUCAAAGAAGUUGAUGGAUCAUUACAGGAAAAUCCCACAGUUUAAAUACGACAUGAUUUCAAUGAUCCCGACGGAUUUUAUAAUGCUCCAAGUGGGCUUCAACAACCCUGAACUUCGCUUCAACCGCCUUUUCAAAAUGGCACGUCUCUUCGAGUUCUUCGACCGCACAGAAACCCGAACAAACUACCCGAACAUUUUCCGCAUCAGCAACCUCGUACUUUACAUCCUGAUUAUUAUUCACUGGAACGCUUGCAUUUUCUUCGCUAUUUCCAAAACGAUUGGCUUUGGGACUGACACAUGGGUAUAUCCAAACAUCAGCCAUCCAGAAUACGGCCGCUUGGCCAGAAAGUACAUCUACUGUCUGUACUGGUCCACUCUGACUCUCACCACCAUCGGAGAAACGCCGCCUCCUGUUAAAGACAUCGAAUACUUGUUUGUAGUUAUGGACUUCCUCAUCGGAGUGUUGAUUUUCGCUACCAUCGUCGGUAACGUCGGUGCCAUGAUCUCCAACAUGAAUGCUUCUCGUGCUGAAUUUCAGGCCAAGAUCGACUCCAUCAAGCAGUACAUGCAGUUCCGGAAGGUCAGCAAAGACCUGGAGGCCAGGGUCAUCAAAUGGUUUGACUACCUUUGGACGGAGAAGAAAACUUGCGAUGAGAAGGAGGUCCUGAAGAACCUUCCAGACAAGCUCAAAGCUGAAAUAGCCAUAAACGUCCAUUUAGAUACACUGAAGAAGGUGCGAAUCUUCCAGGAUUGUGAAGCUGGACUUCUCAUCGAGUUGGUGUUGAAGCUGCAGCCUCAGGUGUUCAGUCCUGGAGAUUAUAUAUGUAAAAAGGGUGACAUUGGUCGAGAAAUGUACAUCAUCAAAGAAGGAAAGCUUGCCGUAGUGGCCGAUGAUGGAGUCACACAGUUUGUGGUGCUCAGUGACGGCGCUUACUUCGGAGAGAUCAGUAUUCUUGGAAUCAAAGGCAGUAAAGCCGGAAACAGAAGAACGGCCAACAUUCGUAGUGUCGGCUAUUCGGACCUCUUCGCACUGUCUAAAGAUGACCUGGUGGAAGCGCUUACUGAAUACCCAGAUGCCAAAAAAGCCCUGGAGGAGAAAGGGAAGGCCAUCUUAAGGAAGGACAACCUUCUCGAUGAGGCGGCUGCAAGCGCCGGGGCUGAUCCCAAAGAUCUGGAAGAGAAGAUUCACCGUCUAGAGAACAACCUUGAUGUCAUGACGGGCAAGUUUGCCAAGCUUAUGGGAGAAUACACAUCCUACCAGAGCAAGAUGAAACAGAGGAUCACCAACAUGGAGAACAAAGUGAAAACACUACGGGUGGAAGAUCUGUCUGAGGUUGUUGAGGACAAAAAAGAAGAAGAGAAGACCAAAUAGUCAACAGUAUAGAGAUUGGAGUAAAUGGGGUUUCCUAUUCAUGGACAUAUUUCUUAACAUAGUACAUCACUUUUAAACUGUUUAUACUUCUUUAUACAUGAAAUGUUGUACUAAUUGCCAUAUAUGUGUGUUGAAAUGUAACACUGAUGUUGUAUUUAUUCAAUAUGUGCAGUAAGAACAGCUCAGACUCAGAAUUGAGGAGAGAUACACUACCAUUCAAAAGUUUGAGGUUUUAAAUGAUUUAGUAAUGUUUUUUAAAGAUGUUUCUAUGCUCACCCAGGCUAAAUUUAUAUUUACAGCAAAAAUAGUAAUUCCCUGAAAUAUCACAGUAAAAAUUAUUUCAUGCAACUUAUUCCUGUAAUGCAGUGCUGAAUUUUCAGCAUCAUUACCAUAGACUUCAGUGUCAAGAUCCUUCAGAAAUCAUUCUAAUAUACGGAUUUGGUGCUCAAGAAACAUUUCUGUGCUGUUAU